AUUUUAGGUGUUUUGUUUAAAUUUUCUUUGAAGCGGCCAAGAAAUAGUUUUGCUAAAACACGAACCAGGUAGAUUUAGGGUACCAAAGGUUCUCCCGAUGAUAAAUUCGUAAUACACUGUGGUCUCUCGCCAACUUCAAAUGUAAGGCUAUCAUGAUGCGUCAACUGAAGAUUAUCUGUGCCAUUACAAUUUUUAUUUUUGCUCAAGAAACGUUCACAAAGUCCCUAAGGAAGAAGCACAACAAAAAGGAGUCCAUUCCGAAACAAAGAUCACAUUACUUGUUACUUAUGGGAAGCCCCGUAGAGGAUGUUCAACACCACAAGGGACUAGGGAUGAUCCUUUCCUCUAAGCAAGGCGAGCCAGAAAAGCAUAAGGACGAUCCAAAUAAGGAAGACCUUCAUCAUUAUAACAAACAAAAAGCAGGCCUUGCAGCAACUCUGCAAUCGUCUUUGAAGGGAUCCCCUUCUGAUCGUGGAUAUAGCUACACCGAGGCACUGUUCACAGGAGCUCCUCUGUUAAACGGAGUCCCAUUUACCGAAUCGGGUAAGACCCAAACAUCUCAAAGAGGGAGCAGCACUGAACAUACAGGGAAAGUAAACAACAAGCCUGUCAAUAGCUAUGAGAGUCAAGCUUCUGCAAAGCUAAAUGUCGAUCAGAACGGCAAUAGCGAAGGAGAAGGAAAUGACCACGUGUUAAAAGAAUAUCACGCAGGACACGGCGUCUGGGGAUUUGCUGCUCAUGAUAUAGCAAAGGAGAGCCAUCUAUCUAGCGAUAGGGGAAAGGGUGUUUAUGCAAAUGAGAAGGGCGAACAACAUCAAUUUCUGAAACCACGACCCUCUUUUGAUGUGUUACCAUCUAAAAUAGAUAAUAAAGUCCCAGAACCCACAAAACACACAAAAAUUGAUCAAACGGUAGACACCUCUUCACAAAUCGUAAAACUUGAGGGAAGUCCUUCCUCUGUCGACCGAUCGUCUUCUAAUCCAACGAAGAGUUACCAAUAUGAACGCGAACGACCUGGCAAAACGGGAGUGAAUGAUCACCCCGUGGAGCGAGUGCACCAAAUCUUAGUGACAGGGGAGACCCAGGAGAAUUUUCCGGCCGAUGCUUUGAAAAGCAAUCCAUCUGUUGAGGAGAUAACAGUGAACAACAAAAUACCUGAUAAAACCUAUAUCAAAGCGUAUGAUGAAGAAUCACACCUGUUAGGGUCUAGUGUUUUGCACAACGGACGGCAAGGAAACCACGAUGUAGAAGGACACCGCGGAUAUAACCCAAACGCAAUUACUGGAUCUUCUGAGUACUGGAGGACGCAUGACAAACAAACAGAAUAUUCUUCGCAAAACACUCUUACGGAACCAUCGCUGAGUGGUGUGGAGCGUCUCGAAAAGGAGACAGGUGCAGUUCCUUUAGAGGAAUCAAGAAAUGCUUUGUCAAACAGUUUCAAGAUUAACGAAGGAAUUUCUCAAGCUGAAAAUACACCCCCACAACAACACCCAAGAUAUCAUCAGCACAGUCACAAUUAUGGCCAGCACAUUGCGUCUCACUUAAAAGAUGGAAGUGAAUCUGAUAAUAAAGAAUAUCACAAUGCUUAUAAGGUCAGAAAAACACCUUACUUAAAAUCAAAUGAUUCCUUCACAAUGCAUAUAGAGGGUUCAACAUCAAGCCAAGGAUCUCCUGGAUUUGGAACCUUGGUUAAUCAACUCCGGCCGCAUAAGAUAAUCGAAAGCGCAUUUGACGAAGAACUCACUCACAGGAUAGUUAUGGGGCCAUCAGACGAGCAAACUGGCCAAUCGCUUCUUAGGAAACCAUCACCUGAAAAACAAACCAAUGACAUACCAUUGCAGUCUGGUGAGCAUGCUAUAUUUUCCAAUGGAGACUCAGAGGAAGGCGAAACAACACCUUCCCUGCCAUAUCGUGAAGGACACAAUCCAGCUUCUCAAAGUCAAGAAAACGAGAAAUUACCAGAAGCCGAAAAUCAACAGUCACCAACCUCCUCUGAGACUGUUACAGAUAAAUCACUUAACAAUAUCCAAAAUGAAGAGGAAUCACUACACGCCACACCAAAUCGCCCGUUCUCAGGGAUUGCAGUCGAUCAAAGACCAAAACAAGAUGAACCAUUUACCAACGAUGCAAGCUCACAAAAGGAGAAGGAGAGCACAGAAGAAUCAAAGACUACUGCUAAACAGGAACCUGAUGCUAACUAUGGAUCUAGUAAAAUUUUGUACAGAGAAGGAGAGCAACCAUUAGUUCAAAAUGAAGACACAGAGACAAUGCCACCAAUUUCAAAGGGAGAGGAAAAUCAUGCGGCAAUUAGUAAUCUCGAGCAUGAGAUGCUAUCAAAAGAUCAAGGCCAGCCGUCCGCUGAGACAUUGCCAACUGACAUUAAUGAGGCCGAAGCAACAAACCAAAAGGAAACAUCGCAUCACCAACUUUCAGGGAAAGCUGUGGACACGACCACUAAUUAUGAAAAUACAGGCACUAAUAGCGAAGAAACACAGCAAAAACCCGAUGAACAUACGGACACUUUACAAAGUGGUAGUGUUACACGUGAUCCUGGUUCAAAUAACAAACCUAACGACCACUCGUAUAGGUCGCAACAAAGAAUAUCAAACGAACAGGAAUACUACAAAGAAAUUCAUGGGCCUCCCCAACAUGGUGGGGGUGUUCACCUGAAAAACUUUGGUCAUAUAGACUCAAGAGACCAGUCAGUCGAAGCAUCUUCACCCACAGAUGAAAAAAGUGAUAAUUUAUCCCGUUAUAGCCACCAUGAGAACGUUGGGCAUCAAGAUAGAUACACUGAAGAAUCUUCAGCAAAUCCAGUCCCUGAUAAAGAAUCCAUUCAAGGAACGCAGCGAUUGGAGUCCCCGCCAAGCGGUAACGAACGAGAACCUGGAGUGAAUUCUGAAAUAAGUGACAACUCAAAUUUUUCAGAAAGCGUGCCUAACCGAGUUGAAACAAAUGAAGACAACUCUCUUUCACCCACAAACAUCGAAACACAAAAGCAAGAAACUUUUGGCAACAGUAAUGCUGACUUUGCAAAUGGACAAGCGCAGCAACCAGAAGAAUCAAUAUCACCAGCUAGAGUAGAACUUUCAAAGGGCAGCUACACAGAAACCCUAACAGACCAACAGACAUCACAUCAGCCAGAACAUGAAGAAUCUUUCUCCCAAGGUUUCUCCGAACAGGAAGGAGAAAAAAGCACAAACCCUGUGGUUAUAGGCUCUGAAAACGAGACUGUAGGUACUAAUGGAGAAACUGACAGCUCCAUAAACUCAUUAGAUCAAAAUGCACUACAUGAUAAGCAAUUUCAAAUAAAAGUUGGGAACCCAGAGGAGGGUGGUGAGAUUCCUAAGGCAGACCAAUCUAAAGAAGUUGACGAGGGAAAAGUGCUGAUGCCGUUUUAUGGAGCUAAAACCCACAAUCAGAGGACCUCUCAUGAGAUCCGAAACAACAAGUCGAAGGGAAGUGAACAGGAAAAUGGGAAUCAGAGGAUAGUGUACUUCUUGAAAAUGGCAAAAGGUAUUCCACUUUUAAACAGUAGAAAAGUAGCCCACUAUCCGGAAAUAAAUAGUGCUGGAAAUAAUGGACAGGCAGAACAUUCUUCGAGCAAAGUAAUGAAGGAAGACCAUAGAAUAGAGAGUACUCCAGAAACGGACGUUGAUGUGAAUGGAGGAAGAAGAUAUCCUUGGAGAUGGCAAAGAAAGCCAAGCCGUCGCCCAAGUUCUCAAACAUCUUGGGGACAGAGACCUUGGCCAGGUUCUAGGCAACGUCCCCAACCUGAAUCGUACCCUAGCCCCAGCCCCAGCCCCAGCCCCAGCCCACCGAGUGGAGGUGGCGGCGCCCUUGGUGGCAGCAGUGUUGAUUCUAACGAGCCACAGCCUGAUUCAGAGUUUGAGCAAGAAGCGUUGAAUACGCAUAAUAAAUAUCGAAAGGUACAUGGAGUCGAAGAGAUGACCUUGGAUCGAGAUCUCAGUAACCAAGCUAAGGCGUAUGCCCAAAAAAUUGCAAACAUGGGUCAGCUGCUGCACUCAUCUUCUGGAGAAAGAGGAAAUGUGGGGGAGAACUUGGCCUACGCCUGUGCGUCAAACGGUACCCCGCUGACUGGAGAAUCUGCGACUAAAAUGUGGUACGAUGAAGUAUGCAAACCUGGCUACAACUUUGUUUCGGGAGGAUUCAGCUCUGGAACAGGUCACUUCACUCAGGUGGUAUGGAAGGACAGCGUUAAGCUUGGAAUCGGACAAGGAAAGGCCACUCAGAAUGGAAUGCAAUGCAUCUACGUGGUUGGUCGUUAUGACAUCGCGGGUAACAUGAUGGGAGAAUUUCAGGAUCAAGUGAUGAGAGGAAACUUUAACGAAGGAUAUUGUAAUAAUGUAUAAAAGUGGCCUCUAAGAGGUUUGAACAAGCAGGAGAUUGGAAAAAGAACUGAUUACACCGUGGAGGUUUAAAUGGAAUUCUUCUGCAGAUUUUUUCCUUUCCUGCCCUAAGUAUAAAACACUGACCAAAAACUUGAAUGAGAAGUAUCGUGGUAGGCAUGGCGGUAGCUUGAAAGCGCUUUUCGAAAUUUCGUUACUCAUGAUCCCCGCCAUGUGCUUCAUAAGCAUAAAGCAUGAAAUUUAGAUUUCUUUUCCUCUGAAUAACAGAUACGUGUUUCUCUGUUUGUUUUUAUGCGUACUUUAAAGCACCGGCAAUGAAACAUUCAUUUAGUUCUGAAUAUUCUACGAGUGUGUUAAGAGUCCUCUAAACGAGAAAAAGCUUAAAAAUAAGAAAUAGA